AUGGAAACCCCUCGCAGAGACAAUGUCGUGGGGGAUAUCGGUCCCUCGUCUGCGUCUCUGCCGAGCAGGAAGCGGGCUAUAGGCGCUGUCGACUCCGCCGUGAUGCUUCACCCAAGUAAAUCCAGGAGACCUACGCCGACUCCGGCAGGCGAUCACAGCUCCAGCCCUGCAGACUACAACAAAAGAACAGGCUCUUCCGAACCCUAUGAAAUUAUUGAUCUCACAGGGGAGGAGGACGACUUCAACGCUACCAUUAUCGCGGAACAGAUUCGUCGUCAUCAGCGCUCAGAACAAAAUAGCAAAGGUCGGGAAAUGGCCUGGCAACGCUCUCAGCCUUCGCCUCUGCCACCAUCAUCUGCCUCGGCCAGCAUGCGGUCUGAAAACGAGUCGAGUGCACUGUCGAGACUGAUGGCGAGGCAGCGCUCAAACGUAGGAGAUCCUUUUUCCACGCCCAGGCCAAGUGCGACGAUGCCCGGAUCAUAUGAUCCAAGCUGGGAUGACGCGGACCAAUGGCGGUCUGCAGAGUCUGCACUCGAUUCACCUUCCAACCCUCGACAUGGCUCUCACGACGUACAUAGCCGUAUGGCUAUGUACUCUCCUGGUUCUGCGCCUCAGUCGUCUGGAUCAAGGCCAGGCGCGCCGCAGAUUAAUGACAAAUUUGUUCUUCGAUCUCAACCCUUAUUCGCCGCCCAUAGCCAUAGUCCUCAACGUGCUUCGUCUGCGGUACUACCCUCCUCCGUAGUACCCAUUCUGCGAAGUUCCGGUGGCGACACCUUAUCGCAUAUUAUUGAUAGGACGAGCGCAUAUGAUUUCUCCAACGGGGUUGAUCAAAACGGCGUUGCGCUCCAAGAUCGCCUGAUGGACAUCUUUUCCCACGAGGAACAAGAUCCGCAGCUUACCGAGAAAGAAUUGGAUGAUUUGUUGAGGAACAUUCGUCCCGACGUGGACAUUCCGGCGGAAAAUCGUGAAAUUGGUCCCGCAGGGCUCAAGUACCCGCUCUAUCGCCAUCAAGGUGUAGCUCUCGCCUGGAUGAAGGAAAUGGAAAGGGGAACCAACAAGGGAGGCAUCUUGGCCGAUGACAUGGGACUAGGAAAGACGAUUUCCACUCUAGCCCUCAUUCUUGCUAAUCCGGGAUAUUGUCGUCCCAAAACCAAUCUUAUAAUCGGACCGCUAUCUCUAAUUCGUCAAUGGGAAGAUGAAAUCAAGAAAAAAACCAAGGUAACGCAUAGGCUAAGUGUCUUUGUCUAUCAUAACAAGAAAGCAACCACCGACGAGUUGCUCAAGUACGACGUUGUUCUCACCACAUAUGGGACUAUUGCACAGGAGCUCAAGCGCUAUGAAAAGUUCAUUGAAGAGAACAAUGACAGGAAUAUUGAUUUCAAGGAUAGAUCAGUCGCCUCCAGGUUUCCGCUAUUGCACCCAGAAAAAGCAGUUUUUCAUCGAAUCAUUCUAGACGAAGCCCAGUGCAUCAAGAAUCGAAACACCCGGACGGCAAAAGCAUGCCAUCAACUGAAAGCGACCUAUAGAUGGUGCCUCACAGGAACUCCGAUGAUGAAUGGGGUUCUUGAGCUCUACUCUCUCUUGAGGUUUCUCCGAAUCAAGCCAUACCAUACUUGGGAGGCUUUUCGUAAGGGCUUUGGUGUGCUCUUCGGUAUGCGGGGUGAUCCAAAGAGCAUGGCCAUGAGCAGGCUUCGAGCUUUGCUCAAAGCCGUUAUGCUGCGUCGAAAGAAGGAUUCCGAGCUGGACGGGAAGCCCAUAUUGCAGUUACCUCCCAAGACGGAGCAUGUCGUCUAUGCGGAAUUGUCCACCGACGAGCGCGACUUUUACAAACAACUCGAAGAGAAAGCCCAGGUCAUGUUCAACAAAUAUCUCCGCGAAGGAACCGUAAGCAAGAACUAUUCUAGUAUACUCGUGUUGCUACUGCGCCUUCGUCAAGCAUGCUGCCACCCGCACCUCAACCUGGACGUCAACGACUCGGUCAGUGCGGUGAGCCACGAGGAUAUAGAAAAGCUCGUCAAGGAGCUGGACAGAGGGAUAGUUGAGAGAAUCAAGGGCAUCAAAGCCUUUGAGUGCCCUAUCUGCUACGAUGCGGUGCAGUCGCCCUCGUUCUUCAUACCUUGCGGACACGACAGCUGCAAAGACUGCCUGCUUCGCAUCACCGCUGACGCGGCGGUACAGAAUAUCCACGAAGGCAACGAAAGUGACAGAGCUAAGUGCCCUGUCUGCCGUUGCGUGUUUGAGCCCAAGAAGUGUUUUACGUACGACACGUUCAAGACGAUUCACAUGGCUGAGGAGGUUGAGAAGAUGGCGGCAGAUGGCGAUUACACCGAUGACGAGGACCAUGAGGAUGAAGACGACUCGGACGAUGGGUCUGCCACUGAUGAUGAUGAUUCUGAUGUGGACAACGACGAGACUGAUGAAAAGGGGAAUCUAAAGGGCUUUGUUGUCGACGACGGCGUUGACGAGGACGAAGGCGACAUGGACCACCAGGAUUAUGAGCUUGCUGACGUGGGAGAGCUUGCAAGAAAGGCGUCCAAAGGCGAGACAAACGAUGCAAACAAGUCCCACAAGACCAGGAGCAAGAAAAAGGCCAAGAAGUCGAGCAAAGGCAAGGGCAAAGCGAAGGAAACUGAAAGACAAAACGACGUCAAGCCCUCCAUGCUCAAAGCUCUCCGAAUGGAAGCCGUCAAAAAUCGAGUUGCUUACCGCAAAUACAUGCGCUACCUCCGCAAAACCUGGAUGCCCGCGGCCAAAGUAACGGAAUGCAUGCACCUCCUGAAGAAGAUUCGCGAAACGGGAGAAAAAACCAUCAUCUUCUCCCAGUGGACCCUGCUCCUCGAUCUCCUCCAGGUGGCCAUGUGGCACGAGGGAUUCGACGCCAACCCCCUGCGCUACGACGGCAGCAUGACAGGCGACCAGCGCAGCUUCAACGCCCAGCAGUUCCGGGACGACGCCAAGCAGACAGUCAUGCUGGUUUCCCUGCGCGCCGGCAACGCAGGCCUCAACCUCACGGCGGCGACGCGCGUCAUCAUCAUGGACCCAUUUUGGAACCCUUACAUUGAGAUGCAAGCCAUUGAUCGGACGUACCGCAUCGGCCAGCAAAAGGAGGUGGAGGUGUACCGCAUCCUGACCAAGGAGACGGUGGAGGAUCGCAUCGUCCAUCUGCAGGACAAGAAGAAGCAGAUUGUGGAGGCCGCGCUCGACGAGAAGGAGAGCAUGAGAAUCGGAAGGCUGUCUGAGCACGAGCUCAGGUAUCUGUUUAACGCGGGAUGA